UGAAAAUUCAUAGAUUUCGAUCGAAGGUGGCAAUGAACAUAGCGCCUACAAAUAAUCAUUCAUAGUUUGUUCAGUUACAAGUUUUUGUUGAUAUUAAAAACGGAAUGGAGAAUACACAGGCUCAGCCCGAUUGGGCCAUCAAGUUAUCCAAGGCCUUCAUCGUGCCACAACGCUGGAUCCUAGCCAUUAUGGGUUUCUUUGCCAUUGUGAAUGCCUACACCAUGCGCGUCUGCCUCUCCCAGGCCAUCACGGUGCUUGUAAUCCCGAGAAACUAUACGGAUACGCCCAAGGAAGGUUUGUGCGAAGCUGACGAUCCCUCCGGUGGGCCUCCGAAAAGCUCUUCCGGCACUUAUGAUUGGACUCAGGAGAGACAGGGCCUCAUUCUGGCCUCCUUCUACAUUGGCUACCUCAUUACUCAUGUGCCAGGCGGCAUUCUGGCGGACAAGUUUGGCGGAAAGUGGACACUUAGCCUGGGCAUACUUGCCACAGCAAUAUUCACGUUGAUAACACCGGUGACCAUCGUUUAUACCGAGGACAUUGGCCUCAUCGUACUUCGUGUGCUAAUGGGACUGGGUGAGGGCACAACUUUUCCGGCGCUCAGCUGCCUGCUGUCUGCCUGGGUGCCGAAGAGAGAGCGCGGCAUGCUGGGCGCCCUGGUGCUUGGAGGCGGACAGGUGGGCAGCAUUUUGGGCAACUAUCUAUCUGGCCUACUUCUGCACCAUUUCGAUUGGCCGUGGCUGUUCUACUUCUUCGGCGCACUGGCCAUUCUCUGGUUUCUGAUCUUCACGGCACUGUGCUACAGCAGCCCCGGCACACAUCCGUUUAUCAAGGCGAAGGAGCGGGACUACCUGCAGGGGGAGAUUCCUCCGAAAAGCAAGGAUAUGCCGGGUACGCCCUGGAAGGCGAUAUUCACCAGCGUACCCAUGUGGUCGCUGAUCAGUGCCCAGAUCGGUCACGACUGGGGCUUCUACAUCAUGGUGUCCUGCCUGCCCAAGUACAUGGCCGACGUCAUGCGCUUCUCGAUCAAGAACAACGGUCUGUACUCCUCCCUGCCCUACAUGAUGAUGUGGAUCAUUUCGUUGACCAGCGGCGUGGUGGCGGAUUUAAUGAUUAAUCGCAACUGCAUGAGCAUCACCAACACGCGCAAGAUCAUGACGGGCUUCGCGGCCUAUUGUCCGGCCGUACUCAUGGUUGGGGCCUCCUAUGCUGGCUGCAAUCGCAUCCUGGUCGUGGCUCUCUUCACCCUCUGCAUGGGUACGAUGGGCACCUACUAUGCCGGAAUGAAGCUCACCCCGCUGGACAUGAGUCCCAACUACGCUGGCGUUCUGAUGGCCAUAAGCAACGGCAUCGGCUCCCUUACGGGCGUGAUCACUCCCUACCUGGUCGGAGUAAUGACGCCGAACACAACUAUGAUGGAGUGGCGCCUGGUCUUCUGGGUCGCCUUUGUCGUACUGGUCGUCACGGCUAUAGUCUACUGCAUCUGGGCCUCUGGCGAAAUACAGCCCUUCAACGAUGGUACCAACUCGAAUAAAAAGAAGACUGAGGAACCACCGAAGUAGUUGUAAAUCUAGCCGUGGUAAAAACAAAAAGAAACAAAUAGUAUAAGCUAAAUUUGUUUGUAGGCGUCGCUUAAAGACCAACACACACAUGAUUUGUUUUGAGAAUCUCAAAUAAAAUCCCUUGUAAUUUGUGUAUUCUUA